AUGCCGCUCGUCGUUCCCGACGUCAGCGAUAAUGAAAGGGCAAGCUGGGAGGCCAAGUUACUUGGCAAGAAGCUGACUGACUCAACAUCAAACAAUGUGUCGUUUGCAAUGAAAGAUUUGCCUGCGGUGCACCGUGUGAUUAAGCCGGGCAUGGCCAUGACGAUGGAUUAUAAGCCAGAUAGGUUGAAUGUGCACGUCGACGAAGAUGGAACCGUCACUGGCGUGGUGUACGGCUAA